GGAGGCGGGUGAGGUGGAGGAGGAGUUCCCCCUGUGAGUGCCGAAGCCCUCUGCUCUGCAUUCCGGCGGAGCGCUCAGCCACACACCGGCCGCAGCCGAGUCCCGGGCCGAAAGACUUGUUGUAAAAAGCCGAAUUAUAGAGGCGAAAGAAAAAGUUUAUUCUUCGGUGUUUUCCACAUUUAUUUCAUACUUUUCGUCGCUGUGGUUGUGGAAUGAUUUACGUCUCUUCAGAGAGCUGUCUGAACUGCGAGAGAAGGUUGUUGUCCGUUUAUUAAGGUAGCAGCCUUAUACUUACCCAACUCCUGACCGUGGCUGCAACAUGGUGAUCAUGACUGAGAACAGCCGGGGGGCUCAGUCCAGCCCUGCCCAGGGAAGACCCCUGCAGGUCGGAUUUUAUGAGAUCAUCCGCACCCUGGGAAAGGGAAACUUUGCCGUGGUGAAACUGGCCAAACAUAAAGUCACUAAAACACUGGUCAGCAGCUUUCCUCCAAAUCCGGUGACUGUAUUUACACAUUAUCAAAGCUGCAUGAUUCUAAUUUAUUCCAAUGUUUAUUUUCAGGUGGCUAUUAAGAUCAUUGACAAGACCAGACUGAACCCCUCCAACUUGGAAAAAAUUUACAGAGAGGUGCAGAUUAUGAAGCUGCUAAACCACCCCCAUAUCAUCAAACUCUACCAGGUAAUGGAGACCACAGACAUGCUGUACAUUGUGACCGAGUAUGCGAAGAACGGAGAAAUGUUUGACCACCUGACCACAAAUGGCCGUAUGAGUGAAGAUGAGGCACGAAAGAAGUUUUGGCAGAUUCUCACAGCCGUGGACUACUGCCACCGACACCACAUUGUUCACCGUGACCUAAAAACAGAGAACCUGUUGCUGGAUGCCAACAUGAACAUCAAACUGGCUGACUUUGGAUUUGGAAACUUCUACAACGCAGGGGAGCCUCUGUCCACAUGGUGUGGCAGCCCGCCUUAUGCUGCCCCCGAAGUGUUUGAAGGGAAAGAGUAUGAAGGGCCGCAGCUGGACAUUUGGAGUCUGGGGGUGGUACUUUAUGUUCUUGUCUGUGGCUCUUUUCCAUUUGAUGGACCCGGCCUUCCUGCACUCAGACAAAGAGUCACAGAGGGACGAUUCCGAAUCCCUUUCUUUAUGUCUCAAGACUGUGAAAACCUAAUCCGUAAGAUGCUGGUGGUAGACCCGGCCAGGAGGAUCAGCGUGGCCCAGAUUAGGCAGCACCGUUGGAUGCUGGCAGACCCAACAGCCGCCCGCCAGACCUUGAGCCAUUCCCUGACAGAGUACAACUCCAACCUCGGGGACUACAGUGAACCAGUGUUGGGCAUCAUGAACACGCUGGGCAUCAACCGCCAGAAGACUAUCGAGUCUCUACAGAGCAGCAGCUAUAAUCAUUUCUCUGCAAUCUACUACCUGCUGCUGGAGAGAGUGAGAGAGCAUCGCAACCAACAGCUGAGUCGCCAGUGUGGGACGUGGGGCCAGAGAUCCCGGAGCACCUCCGACACCACCAGCCCAGAGGUGUUCAUGGAGUCCACCGACAGCUAUAGGAGCACAGCAUUUUCAAUUCCGGCCAAAAGCACUCCUCAAGUGUACCCGGAGAUGGAGUACGACCAAAGCGGGCUGUUCCAGCGUGUGGUGUUUCCAGUGGAGGCCAGUCUGAACAGACUGCUCUGGAACCGCUCCAUCUCACCCAACAGCCUGCUGGAGACGAGCAUCAGCGAAGAGGUGCGACCCCGGGACCUGGUGGAGGAGGAGGUAACACAGACUCCUGGGCCUCUUCUCCCUCCCACUACCACCUCCCGCAGACACACCCUGGCUGAGGUGUCGGCCCGUUUCCACCAGUGCAGCCCCCCAUGUAUUGUGGUCUGUCCCUCAGAUGGUGCCUCUUCGGAUGGCUGUCUGAAGUCCUCAUCCAGUGCAGUUCCCACUUUGCAGGAGGCUCGGGGUGAGAUGUCAACCUUUCUGGCCUCUGGGAAUAAGAGUGGAGCUCUGCUGCCUGCUGGAGCUCCCCUGACCGUCUCCUCCCACCUCCUGCCCCAGGGCCAGGCUCGCCUGCCAGCUGCCAGCUUCCAGGAAGGCCGCAGAGCCUCUGACACCUCCCUCACACAAGGCCUUAAAGCUUUCCGUCAGCAGCUGAGGAAAAACACACGUACUAAAGGACUCCUGGGAUUAAAUAAGAUUAAGGGUCUGACGAGGCAGGUAUUUCCUCCACUCUCCAGUAACCGUGGCAGCCGAGGCGCACCGGGUCCAGCUCAUUGCGAGCAUCGCAGCAUGCUAGAGGAGGUGCUGCACCAGCAAAGGAUGCUACAGAUCCAGCACCAACCCCAGUCUCCGAUCCAAGCUGUUCACACAGGACCUACACAAAAUCCUCUGCUAUUUCUGGCCCAGCAGCAGUCACCCUCUCCUCCACCUUCUACGGUGUUUGCUUCCCCCUCCAUGUUUGACACGACCAUCCCCUCCGCCCUGCCUUCUCAGCAAGCUUCGGUGGGCUUAUCGCACGGCCCCUGGAAACAAACCCUUAAGACCUCCUCCUCCGGCGGCUCCUCGUCCUCCUCAUGCUGCUACGCUUCUUCUCUGUCCCCCGUGGCCUCCGCUGCUUACCUUCUAGAGGCUCGUCUGCACAUCAGCCAGCAAACACAACCUCAACCCCCCAUCAGCCUUCAACAGCAGCCCCAGUCUACAGUACGAGGCACCUUCCCCAUCGUGUCCAAACCUGGAUUGUGGAGCAUAAGCUCGGCCUCCAUCACUGACCCGGACCUGCAGGAGUUGGGUUCGGCUGCACAGCAGCUCAGUAGCUGUGUGACGGUGAAAUAAAGGCACCAGCGAUUGUUCUGUCUGUGGAGGAAAUCUUGAUUCUUAGCCGAGAAGAAAAGAGAGCAGAAUUGAGGAGAAAGAACCACAAGCGACAAAAGUACACUUUAUUCAACAACGUGCGGUACACCUAUGAGUGUGUGUCCCUUCCACGUAUGUAUGUUGUGUACUCUUUUGAUAUCAUAAGCUAUAGACUAAGCAAUAAUCAAACUCUGGACAAGGCGUUGAACCAGUAUCAGACAUCCAGAGGAGCAAUAAUAGAUCUAAAACUCUCAUUAGCUAACUUGAAUUAAAUGAGAGCUGAAACUAGCCAAUAGAAAUAUUACUUACAUGUUUCUAUUAUGUCUAAGUUCAUUUUCUUAUUUUGUUGAAUACAGGAAGCCUCUCGUUUUCCUCAUUAUAUUUUAGACACUUCUUGUGUCAUUUCCUGUACUCAAUGUUUUUCACCUCACUGGACAAAAGACCAAUAUUUCUCUUUUCUUUUUUUCCAUUUUGUCCGCCUUGUAAAGAGACAUUUCUCUGUAGCAGUGCAAUGGACAUCCAAUACAAGGCCCAAAGCUUCACUGAAGGACUUGAUUUGUAUUGAAACUGUGAUUUUUUGUUUUGUUCUUAUAGCUACGCAAAUGCUGCUUUUACCUCAAGUUUCAAAAAGACUGCUACAUCCUUAUCAGCCAAAAAUGAAGGAAGAUGGUUUCUGGCUUAUUGACUAAAGCCCAACAGGUACAUCACCUUACAUUUGAGGAUACAUAAUGUAAGCACCUUCAA